AUGGCAAACACAGUGGCUGAUCAAAAUUGUCUUCUUAAAUUAACAAACAGUACAGUAUUAAAAAAGUUUUUACAUCAAUGUGUUGACGAACUGGUAGGAAAAGAACAAGAAAACUUUUACAAUGGCAUGGAUGAUAUUGAAUGGUCUGUGGAUGAACAUAAACAAGCCAGAAGUUUUGUUCAAGCUCUCUACAAGAAAUACAUAUUUGAGGAUGAAUUUUCACCUCAGCUUUCUGAUUUAAGUAGUACACAUGUUGAAGAAAUUGAAACAUGCUUUAAUAUAAGAAAAAAGGAUAUUCAUAGAGCUGUGAUCAAAGAACAAUUACUAAAGAGUAACAUUCCAUUAGUAGAAAGCAUUGAUUGGAAAAUUAAGUGGAUAAUGGGUAGUUCCAAGUUGAGUUCAUUGAGUGAACCUUUGGUGCAGGUAGAUUUGAGUUGUAUCAGUAAUGUCAAAGAUGGAAAAGAUAUGCUGAAUUUUGAAAUGAAACUUAGUCAGCUGGAAAAUUUAAUAACAGAACUGGAAGAAAUAAAAUCAGAAUUUUGA